AGAAUAUGGGAAGAAGAUUGUGGUAGCGAAACCCGUCGUGGAGCUUGACGGAGAUGAGAUGACGAGGAUUAUUUGGAAAAAGAUUCGUGAGGAGCUUAUCCUCCCCUAUCUACAACUGGACAUCAAGUACUACGACCUUGGCCUCGAGUACCGUGACCAGACCAACGACCAAGUAACCGUGGAAGCUGCCAAUGCCAUCCUUGAGCACAAGGUCGGCAUCAAGUGCGCGACAAUCACUCCCGACGAGGCUCGUGUGGAGGAGUUCAAGCUCAAGGAGAUGUGGAAGAGCCCGAACGGCACGAUCCGUAACAUCCUUGGCGGAACUGUGUUCCGUGAACCCAUCAUAUUGGAUCGUAUCCCUAAACCGGUUCCAGGAUGGGUGAAGCCAAUUGUGAUUGGCCGUCAUGCAUUCGGUGACCAGUACCGUUCCACGGACUUCGUCGCACCGGGACCAGGGAAGCUUCAGCUCGUAUACAGCCCUGCUGAUGGAGGUGCGAAGACCGUCAUGGACGUGUAUGACUUCAAGGGAAAGGGUGUCGCCAUGAGCAUGUACAACACUGAUGAGUCAAUAACUGGGUUUGCACACUCAUCAUUUAAGAUGGCUCUCCUCAAGAAGAUGCCCUUGUUCAUGUCAACAAAGAACACCAUCAUGAAGAGGUAUGAUGGCCGCUUUAAGGACAUCUUCCAAGAGAUCUAUGAAUCGCAGUACAAGGACGCUUUUGAGAAGGUCGGCAUAUACUACGAGCACCGCCUUAUCGACGAUAUGGUUGCACAAGCGAUCAAGUCCUCCGGUGGUUUCGUAUGGGCAUGCAAGAACUACGAUGGUGACGUGCAGAGUGACAUCCUCGCUCAGGGCUUCGGUUCCUUGGGCAUGAUGACCUCAGAGCUGAUCACCCCUGACGGCCAGGUCGUCGAGAGUGAGGCUGCCCACGGUACCGUCACCCGACACUACCGCGAGUACCAGAAGGGCAACGAGACGUCGACCAACCCUGUGGCAUCGAUCUUUGCAUGGACCCGUGGACUUCUCCACCGUGCUAAGCUGGAUAACAAUGAAGAGCUCAAGAAGUUCUGUUUGGAUCUUGAGGCUGCAUGUGUGGAAACGAUCGACAAGGAUGGAGUCAUGACCAAGGAUCUUGCUCUUGCUAUCCACGGCAAGAACAUGAAGAGAGAACAUUGGGUCAUCACUGACAAGUACAUGGAUGCAGUGAAUGCUAAGCUGCAGAAGAAGCUUGCUGGAGGGGUCACUGCUGCACCUUGAACGUGAUCGUGUAUAUUUCUUUUGUAAAUAGAGGGGAUGCGUGUUCGAAUAGCGAAUAUUAUACUUUUCUAUGCAACAUGCGAGC